AUGAAUGCUGUCCACCAUAUCGAUGAAUUAGUUAAGGAAUAUCUAUUGUUUCGAGGAUUUUCAAAUACUUUCCGUGCGUUCGAACAGGAGAGCAGAAACGACAGAGACAAAGGAUUUCAAGCUGACAAAAUUGUUGAAGAGUUAUAUUCAUUUAUAAUAAAUAGCGAUAUCAAUGGUCUUAUCGAUUACUGGCGAUAUCUUGAUGUGCGAUACUUUUCUCGAUUAGACGGACGUUUCCUUGGAGCUGUGAACAAGUUCGAAUUAUGUCUUUUAAGAUAUUACCUUGUAUACGCUGCUCAGCAAAAGAGGAAAGAAAAGAUACUCGAAUUUUUUGAUACGGCCGGACCAGAAUUAAGUUCCAAUCCGGAAUGGACAAAAUGGUUUGGCCUACCAUUUUCCAAGAAUCCAGCGACAGACCCUAAUUUUGAAACGUUUUUUACUAAACAGUGGCUAGAGACGUUUACGGUGUCUCUUCGUAAUUUCCUUAAUACUAUAUUUCAAAACAUGCCAUUGCCUGCUUUAUUAUGUUUCAACAUUGAUAGGUUACAAAUACGGGCAAUGCAGACAGAAAUAGAAACUCUUCAAUCAGUGAUUGAGAAUUUGAAAACGGAAAUUGACACUGGCGGUGAUAUGGAAGUAACAACAAGUACAAAAAAAAAGACGAGAUCUGAUGCAUCAACUGCAUCCAAGUCAAGAAGACGCGCUGUUUCGAUGCAAGAAGGAAAAGAACGAGAGUCAUCAUUAGUUGAACGACUAUCGCGAGGAAAUAACUCCACUCAUAGCAUUACAUCAAAGUCUUUACAUGAUGGUGAUGCUUCUCGUUCUUUAUUCGAUCUCGAUCGAAGUGGCACACCGAUAUCCGAUCAUGCCUCUGUGGACGAGGCUGUGUUGGAGGGCCCGUACGAGGAAAUCGCCGACGCUGGUGAGACUACCCAAAAAUUUGUUGCGAUCAACUGGAACUCGAGCGGUGGAGGAGCAUUUGCCGUGAUUCCUCAUAGAAAUGCCGGAAAAAUUGUCGAUGGUAUACCGCUAUAUCGCGGUCAUACAGCAGCAGUCCUCGACACGGACUUUGCUAAUUUCAAUGACAAUGUGAUUGCGUCCUGUGCAGAAGACUCAAAAGUCAUGAUUUGGAACAUUCCCGAUGAAUUGGGAGAACCAGAAUCGCCUGAUGUUACACCUGCUGCCACAUUGAGUGGGCAUACCAAAAAAGUCGGUCACGUCCUCUUCCACCCCGUAGCUGACAAUAUCUUGGCUUCGUCAAGCUCUGAUCUUUCAAUAUACUUAUGGGACCUUACUAGUACCUCUCAUGCACUCACACUGAGAGGCUUUACAGAUCUUAUUCAUUCUCUUUCCUAUUCUUAUAAUGGUAACCUUCUCGCUACAACCUCUCGCGACAAAAAACUUCGCAUAUUCGACGUUCGAUCCACAGAAGUUGUUCAACAAGCGGAUAGUCAUCAAGGAAUCAAGGGCUCGCGAGUAGUAUGGUUGGGAGAUGCGGACAGGCUUGUAACAACAGGCUUUAGUAAAAUGAGUGAUAGACAGGUGUACGUGUGGGAUACGAGAGCCUUGAACAAGCCGAUGAAAACUGUGCAUCUGGAUACUUCAAGCGGUGUGGUUAUGCCUUUCUACGAUAACGAUACGAAGAUGUUGUACUUGGCUGGGAAGGUUGUGUUCUGGAUGAGAUUUGGUGACGGCACAAUCCGCUACUACGAGUUCGAGAACGAUGCGCUCUACUUCCUAUCAACGUACCAAUCUCCCGAACCUCAACGUGGGUUAGCCUUUAUGCCUAAACGCGCAUUAAAUAUCAACGAGUGCGAAAUUGCUAGGGCAUACAAGGUUAUGAGUCAUAUGAUCGAGCCGAUUUCGUUUGUUGUCCCACGAAAGUCUGAUGCUUUCCAAUCCGAUAUAUUCCCGGAAACCCCAAGUGAUGAGCCAUCCUUGACCGCAGAGGAGUUCUUUUCUGGUAAAAGCGCGAACCCCAAACUGGUCAAUCUUGAAAAUGGAUUUACGCCGAAGCCAAAGAAAGAGUUUGUUUCGUCUGCCCCACCAGAGGAGAAAAAGGAAGAGCCACCAGUAUUGAAGACGGAGGAGCUCCAAGAAGCCUACAACAACUUGCUACAAAAGAACACAGACUUACAAAAACUGCUUGACGAACGAGAUGCGAAGAUUGCUUCACUGACUGCUGAAUUGGAACGUUUGAAAAGUGAUUAA